AUGUCGUACCCAAGUGCGACGGCAGCCGUCUCUCCCUCGGCUCCAGUCCGCGACUCCACGACAACUUCAAGCGCGUCGACAGAAAAGUAUCCAGCACACACCUCCGCAGACCAACAGUUUCCUGAAGUCGUGGCCCAGCCUCCACUCCAACCUCACCAGCAAGCAGACCCUGUCUAUCAACAGCAACCCUACCAUUAUACAGAUAGCUACACGCCGGAAGCAGUCCCGACGGCAUCACGUCCUCUUCGACCCAACCCUUGGGGCCUCUCGCCGCUCGCAUUUGGACUGUUGGUGGGAGCAAUUACCGCGGUUGUGGUAGGCGGUGCCGUGGGUGGUGGUGUUGCGGGAGCGCUAUCAGGGAAGAAUUCUAACUCAUCAAGUCCACAAGUUUCAACAGUGACCGUCACUUCAGGUGCCACAACAACACCAACACCAUCCUCUUCCGCAACCUCCUCCGGUCUCCCCUCCCCCUCGUCCUUGGAAAAUUUUGUCGUGCCUGAACCCUACUACGUCGAUACGCUGCAAGACCCUGGCUGUGCAGACGGCAACUCCCGCAUCGACGUUCAACACAACACCUCUUUCAAUAUCCUUUGCGGUGUCGACAUGUUAAACCACGUUGCCGACGAGAACAAUCCAGAUUUACAGGUCGCUGACGUCGUGGGUUUGUUCGCUUACAGCCUGAUCGACUGUCUGUACGCCUGCUCGAACAUGAUAUAUUUCACCCAGGUAUAUGGUCAAGAUUAUGCAGGUGGGAACAUGCAGACGUGUGCUGGGGUCACCUGGGACUAUCAGAUGGCACAGAGCAACUCGUCAAAUCAGGCCAAUUGCUGGCUGAAGAACGGGACCACAAAUCCGGGCUUCCAGUGCAAUACGUGCAUCAGUGGUAAGCUGGUCACCUGA